CAGAGCCGGGACACGGCCGGGACGGGAGCGGUGCCCGGUGCCCCAGCCGAGCGGCCCCGCACCUGUCCCGUAUGCGCGGCUCCCGGAGCGGCGCCGCGGCGGCGGAGCGCUGAGCGGAGCCCCGAGCGGAGCCCUGAGCGGAGCCCUGAGCGCAGCCGAGCCGCCCCCGCCGCCCCGGGGCUGUCGCCGGGCCAUGGCCGCGGCGGGGACGGAGCUGCCCGGCGGCAACGCCAGCGCCAACCAGAGCGCCGCCGAGCCCACGGUGUCGCGGGACGUGUGGAUGGUGGGCAUGGGCAUCCUGAUGUCGCUGAUCGUGCUGGCCAUCGUCUUCGGCAACGUGCUGGUGAUCACGGCCAUCGCCCGCUUCCAGCGCCUGCAGACCGUCACCAACUACUUCAUCACCUCGCUGGCCUGUGCCGACCUGGUCAUGGGGCUGGCCGUGGUGCCCUUCGGAGCCUGCCACAUCAUCAUGGAGAUGUGGAAGUUUGGGAACUUCUGGUGUGAGUUCUGGACCUCUCUGGAUGUGCUGUGCGUCACGGCCAGCAUCGAGACCCUGUGUGUCAUCGCCGUGGACCGGUACUUCGCCAUCACCUCCCCGUUCAAGUACCAGAGCCUGCUGACCAAGGGCAAGGCACGUGUGGUCAUCCUGGUGGUGUGGGUGGUGUCGGGCCUGACCUCCUUCCUGCCCAUCCAGAUGCACUGGUACCGGGCAGACCACGAGGACGCCAUCCGCUGCUACCAGGACGAGAUGUGCUGCGACUUCUUCACCAACCAAGCCUACGCCAUCGCCUCCUCCAUCAUCUCCUUCUACGUGCCCCUCGUGGUCAUGGUCUUCGUGUACGCCAGGGUCUUCCAGGUGGCCAAGAAGCAGCUGCAGAAGAUCGACAGGAGCGAGGGGAGGUUCCACACCCAGAACAAGGAGCAGGAGCAGAAAGGGGGAGCCGGGCACCGCCGCUCCUCCAAGUUCUUCUUGAAGGAGCACAAGGCCCUCAAAACCCUGGGCAUCAUCAUGGGCACCUUCACGCUGUGCUGGCUGCCCUUCUUCAUCGUCAACAUCGUGCACGUCAUCCAGGACAACAUCAUUCCCAAGUACCUGUACAUCCUCUUGAACUGGCUGGGCUACGUCAACUCCGCCUUCAACCCCCUGAUCUACUGCCGGAGCCCCGACUUCAGGUACGCCUUCCAGGAGCUGCUGUGCCUGCGCAGGUCCGCCCUCAAGAUGUACGCCAACGGCUACUCCAACAGCAACGGCCGCAGCGACUACAACGAGGAGGACAACGGCUACCCCCUGGCCCCGGAUAAAACCUGCGAGCUGCUCUGCGAGGAGGGCUCCUUCCCUCGCCCCGAGCACUUUUUGCAUGGCAAAGAGAUCCCUGGAUGCCCAGGAAUGGUGGAGAGCUGAACCAACCUCUGUUCCUCGCCUCCCUGAGCUGUGAGGGCUCUGCAGAGAUGGAGUGGGAGCACAGCUUCUCCUCCCUGAGCCAGGGGAUGCUGUGGGAAGUGACUGCCUUGGCAAGGUCCUCAUCCCAACCCAUCACCCACCGCGCAGCACCUCCAGGAGAAGCUGGGCAAGGACCACCACGGGACCAGAAGAGGCUCUGAGAGCCUUGGAGGACACCAGGAAGCCACAGGAACUGAAGGAGGUGGUUUGGACAUUUAUCCAAACCAUGACAAACGUGCUGAGGGGUUUUUCCCCUUGGAAAAGCCUUUCCAGAAGGGAGCACCAGGCCCAGUGUGGGCUCCAGCUGGAUUGGAAGAGGCACAGCCGGGUCUGAGGGCCAGGUCAGGAGCCCAGCAGGUCAUGGCAGCCUGUCCUCUGCUGGGUGGGGUUCCAGGUGCAGCAGGAAUCUGUCCAAGACCAAGAGACAGGAGCAUGGAAGAUUCCUUCGAUUUAUUCUGUGCUUGUUUCUCCUUCUGGUGUCUUCUCUGUCUACCUCUUCUCCUCUAAGAGCUUGGAGGGCCCUGGCUGUCCCCAAGGAACAGCAGGAUUGGCACAGGGCAGGAAUGGGGCCUUUCUUCUCUCCUUGCUCCAAAAAAUCUCCAGCUGUCCUGCCUUGGGAAGGCUGGGACCUGGCAAUCCUUCUCCUUGCAGGAAGUCCCAUUUCAGCAGGACCAGCCACCCUUGGGAGCCAGGAUUUCCCACCUGAGGCUCAGAAUGAGACAGAACAUCCAUGGCAGAGCAUCCAUGGCAGAGCAUCCAUGGCACAUCCAUGGCACAGCAUCCAUGGCACAACAUCCAUGGCAGAGCAUCCAUGGCACAACAUCCAUGGCAGAACAUCCAUGGCACAACAUCCAUGGCAGAGCAUCCAUGGCACAUCCAUGGCAGAGCAUCCAUGGCACAACAUCCAUGGCAGAGCAUCCAUGGCACAACAUCCAUGGCACAACAUCCAUGGCACAUCCAUGGCAGAGCAUCCAUGGCACAACAUCCAUGGCACAACAUCCAUGGCACAACAUCCAUGGCAGAGCAUCCAUGGCACAGCAUCCAUGGCACAUCCAUGGCAGAGCAUCCAUGGCACAACAUCCAUGGCACAACAUCCAUGGCACAACAUCCAUGGCACAUCCAUGGCACAACAUCCAUGGCACAUCCAUGGCACAACAUCCAUGGCACAACAUCCAUCCCUCUCCUGCAGCUUAGGGAAGGAGCACACCAAACUCUUGACUUUGGAUUGUGGAAAACUCACUAAGCAGAGGAAGAGAUGGAGGGACUUGUGGCCUCAGGCAGAAAAGAGCAGGAAAAACUGGCUGGAAACCAUAAAAACGUGCACCUUGGACUGGCAGGUGGUGGCCCAGCUGCAGCUCUGUGGUCACUGAGCUGGUACUGAACUGUGGGAGCCCCAUCUCAGACCUUCCCCUUGGGCUUCCAGCUGCAGAACUUUCCCUCCAGUGCAACCCUAUUUAUUUAUUUAUUGUGAAGCUGCUAAAGAAGCCCUCUCCAAGGCCAGGCUGGGCAGGGCUUGGAGCCACCUGGGACAGUGGAAGGUGUCCCUGGCCAUGGCAGGGGUGGGAAUUAAAUGAUCUUUAAUGAAUUGAAUGAUCUUUAAUGAAUUAAAUGAUCUUGAAUGUCCCUCCCAACCCAGACCAAACAUUAAAAUGAUCUUUACUGUCCCUCCCAACCCUAUGAAUCCAUGGGGAGCAAUCCCUGGCAAGGACAAGUGCUCAGCUCAGCAAAGCCCAGCUUAGCUCUGGCAGUGGGGGAUGAUGCUCCAGUAUUGCUGUGGAAUUGUACUGGGAACGUGUGGGGAAUGAGGAACUGAGCUCUGCCCUGCCUGGGAUCCCACCCAGGGAUGGGGGCACACGGGGGACUGGCAUGGGGGGCUCUGGGUGCAGCUGGAGCACCAGGGGAGGGUCCCAGCUCUGCUCCUGUCACUGAACAAACUGUUCCCACAAAUAAAGAAUGGA